ACUUCUGUAAGCAGUCACUGGCUUAGACGUCAGUUUCCUUCUUUUUCAGUGCAGUUGACCUUUGUGAAUACAGUCAUAAAGAAACCACAGAGCUACUGACAUAUUUAAUGGUAAAGGAUCAACCUUCUUGAAUGAAUAUUAACCCGGUUUAAUUACGUUUGCAAGUCAGUAGAACCUGUCGCUAACUAGUAUGUUUUUAUUAUAUAAGUGCAUUACUAGAUCGUUAAUAACAAUUGUUUUUUUAUUAUUUCUAAGGUAUACAGUUCUUUUACAUACUUUGAAAAUACAGAGUGCCGAUUUUUUCUUCUUCUUUUCAGAUUUAUUACGCUUAAUUGAAGACGGAAGCUUAUUAUCCCCGCCUCAGCAAUACGGAUUGGUGAGCGACUGAAAGGUACGGGCCUAAUAUGGAAGACCUUGAGAAGUACUCCUUUACUGAAGAAGGGGAGCUGAGGCAGAAAGAAACUUGUGAAGCUUUUGUGUUCAACUACUAUAAAGAUGAUUAUGAAAGCAACCACCUUCGGUACCAGGCUUUGGGGCAUUUAAUUACCCAACACGUAUACAGGGUUCUUGAGGAGAAAUGCAAUCUGCAACGAGUCUACAUUCCCGUAGAAGCCAGGGAGCAAGAGCCCAAGAGUCUGUUUUUUAUGAGCCCUGGGGCUUUGGAUAACCCAAAGGGACUUAUAAUUUUGAUUCAAGACCGAGGAGCCAUUCGUGCAGGUCAGUGGAACAUAAAGGUGAUUGCCUCUGAGGGUAUGGAAAAAGGAAGCCAAAUCCCAUAUAUCAAAAAGGCACUGGGUGAAUCUUCAGGUGUCAUUGUAAUGAACCCAAAUGAUAAUUUUUUAGAAUCAUUUGGUGAGUGUGAUACCACCACUGAAUACAUAAGAAUGUCUGAGAAAGAAGAGUUGAUUAAUAAAUGUAUGAAAGACAAAAGAUUUAUCCCACUUGCCAAAAGAGGCAGCACAACCCCAGAGGAACAUGUGCAAUACAUCUGGGACCACUUUAUUGCAAACUCCUCAGCAAAUCAAAUUGCUGUUGUUGCUCACGGGUAUGGAGGGUUGGUUUUCAUGGACCUUCUUUCCCAACGCAGUGAGCAGGUGCAGAAAAAGGUUUAUGCUGUGGCUUUGAUUGACUCUGUUCAUAACAUGUGGCACCAAGUUAAAGAUAAAGAACUACAGAAAUGGAUCCAGAAACACUGUCGAAAAUGGGUUCUCAGUUCCAAACCUAUUGACCGUUACACAACUUUCAUGAAAGUGGAUUGCCCACAAGUGUCUGCAGGGACAGAAAGCCGUGAAUAUGCUCCCUGGAGCUGCAUUCAAUCAGUCUUUAGAUUUUUCGGAAGAAUCCUGAAGGGCAAAACCACACAUUUUUCAAGGGAUGUCAUUAUCACACGAAGCAAAAGUGAGAAAAAAACGACUCCCCCUUCUAAGGAGCAGUGGACAAACAGACGUUUAAAUCGCAAAACCAGUGGUGUAGGGCGCUCAAGAACAUCAUGUUGAGAUGUUUUCAUUCAGUCUUCCACUUCAAGGGUGCACUGAUGUUUCAAGAUGUAACAUUAUUUAAAUGUAUUAAUAGAAUUCAAUUUUUGAUUAAUUUUCUGUGCAUGCAUUGAUUUAAGAAACAAGUAGACUAUAAAGAAAUUAAUUAUUCAUUGAGUGUGCAUGGUUCAUAGUUAAAAUUCAGCAGGAUGUCUCCCGACCUAUUCAUUAAAAAAACUUGUCCAGUGAAGCCCAUUUCAUGCAAUGGUACAAUCCAAGUUAGAAAAUGUAACUUUUUUUUAGCCUUGUAAUAACCCAGGAAAGUUUUUUUUUUUUUUUAAUUUUACAGUUUACAAUUAUAGCUUACAGGAUCUGGAUAGAUUAUAACUCCUUGAAACUGAUCAAUUUGUUUAAACCGCUUAUUCCAUAGAUUGAGGUUAUCACUAUUAAGAGAAACAAUAGGAACACAAAGAGUAGAAUCCAGCACAUUCCCAAAGGUCUCUGUUGAUAGAAUUUGGUAUGGUAGCAUUUGAUUUAUAGACAUAAAUGUGUGUGGUUUUUCAUUUCUAGGCAUGUGUCCUUGCUGCUGUUCAUAUCCUUUGGACAAGUCUGUGAAUGUUUUUAAGUAGGACUACAG